AUGAAUGCAGGUCAUGCUCUGGUCAAGUUUAGAGAUGAAGCAACUAGGGAUAUGGUUUUGGAAGCAGGAGUGGUUCACUUUGAUAGGAAACCAGUCUUGUUGAGGCCUUGGUCGACUGAUUUAGAUACACUGAGGUUGGUGAAAUCAGUCCCAGUUUGGAUUCGAUUGCCAGACUUAGGUCUUCAAUAUUGGGGUCUAAAAUGUCUGAGUGCUCUUGUUAGCACAAUAGGGAAACCUAUGAUGAUGGACAAGGUAACUAAGGAAAAAUCUAUGGUGAAAUUUGCUAGGGUCCUUGUGGAUGUUGAAAUUACUGACCAUUUACCUCACUCAAUUAGUUUUAUCAAUGAGCGAGGUCAGUUGAUGGAGCAGGCCAUAGAAUUUGAAUGGCUUCCCACCCGAUGUUCUUGUUGCAAGGGUUUAGGCCAUACUGCAUCCAGCUGUAAGCAUGCUCAGGCGGUUGUCAGGAAACCAAAACAGAAAAUUACAAGUUCAGAAAAAGGGGAACAUAGGGGUGCUACGGUACUGUAUGAGUCAGGGCUUGAGAAUAAGCUAAUGGAUGUCAAUCAAAUGGUUGUUGGAAAAGAAGCUCAAACUACUAGUAAAGGAGAUCAGCCGGCUAUAAAGGGAAAUUCGAAGGAUACUUUGAUAACAACAACUGAAGGAACAAAUGAGGCUAGUUGUUCUAUGACAGGGAAGGAGAAACCUUGGUCUACCCCUAAAAAAGUGGGUGGUUUAAGGAAAAAAGGUUCAUUUCUAGAAACUAAACUUCACAGUAAUAAGAUUGAGGAGAUGAUGCAUGAUGUGUUCGUGGGCUGGAGUUGGUACAAUAGUAGGGCAAUUGAAGGUAGAAUCUUGUUGGUUUGGAAUCAGGAUUUAGUUCAUGUUGCUAUUGUUCAGGAGCGGGACCAACUGGUCACUUGUGAAGUGCAGAUAAAGGGUGUUAGUCAAAUAGCUAUUCUUUCUUUUGUGUAUGGGGGUUUUAAUGUAGUUUUUGAAUAUGAUGACCAAAUUGGAGGAAGGCACAUUACUGCUAUGGAAGUUGAAGACAGUAGUCAAUGGAGGGAAAAAUCACUGUUGAUUGAAUUAAGAUCCAGUGGGGUUAGGCCUUACCGAUACUUUAAUAUGUGGGAUAAACAUAAGGAUUUUAGGAGUACUAUCUUGAGUAUCUGGUCUAAACCAGCAGGUGGUGUUGGAUUGCAGAAGAUCAUUCAAAAACUAAAGAGACUAAAACCUGCUUUAAUUCAGUUCAACAAAAUGCAGAUUGGAAAUGUGGUUCAGAAUUAUGCAACAGCUAAGCAGAAUUAUGAGUUGGCCCAAUUAAUGUUGCAUCAGUCUCCUUCUUCGAAUUUGUUACAACAGGAAGAGGAUGAGGCAGCGGCUGAGUAUGCUAGAAUGUCUAAGUUGUAUGAAAUUUUCCUGAGGCAAAAAAGUAAAAUUAACUGGCUUAGAUUUGGAGACGAGAACACAGCUUAUUUUCAUGCAAGUUUUUUGGGUAAGAGUGGUGCUCUAAUUGGUCGGGUUGAUUUGAGCUGUUUCCAGCAAGGUACUGUGUUGUCAUUAGAUCAACAACUUGACCUGAUUCAUCCUUUUUCUAAAAAGGAUGUUAAGAGAGCUUUAUUCAAUAUUCCAACUACCAAGAGUCUUGGCCCUGAUGGUUAUGGCUCUGGAUUUUAUAAAGCUCCCUGGAAGGAUAUAGGAGAUGAAAUAUCUGAAGCGAUACUAAUGUUCUUUGAUAGUGGUGUGAUUCUUACUGAAUUGAAUGGAAUAAUCCUGUCUCUUAUUCCUAAGGUUGUUUCCCCUUCUAAGGCCACAGAUUAUCGUCCUAUAGCUUUUUGUAACACCCUCUAUAAGUGUAUUUCUAAGAUGAUUUGUUUCCGAUUGGCAAAGGGUCUUCCUGUGAUAAUUCAUCAAAAUCAAGGAGCCUUUAUACAGAACAGACAGCUUGCUCAUAAUAUCUUAAUCCUUCAAGAAAUUCUCCAUGGUUAUUCUAGGAAGAAUAUUUCUCCCCGUUGUGUGAUAAAAAUUGAUCUCAGCAAGGCGUAUGACUCUGUUGACUGGACUUUUAUGGAGGAUAUCUUGAAUGCUUUCUGUUUUCCUAGGAAAUUUAUUCAAUGGAUAAUAAAUUGCUUGACGGGAACAUCUUAUACUCUUAUGUUCAAUGGUAGAUUACAAGGAAGCUUUGAAGGGAGAAAAGGUUUAAGACAAGGAGACCCCAUCUCUCCGCUUCUGUUUGUGCUAGCAAUGGAAUAUCUAACUCGUCUUCUGAACCAAGCUUCUCAUCACAAAGAGUUUCGAUAUCAUCCCUUGUGUAAGAAUUUGCAACUUGUGAAUUUGUGCUUUGCGGAUGAUUUGAUUCUGUUUUGUAAGGGGAAUUCGAAAUCUGUUCAGAUUUUAUUUGAUGGUUUUUUGAUGUUUUGUCACUGUUCUGGUUUAGAAGCUAAUCUGAGUAAAUCUCAAGUUUUCUUUGGGGGCGUGGCAGCAGAGGUUAGAACUGAAAUUCUUAGAUCUGUUGCGCUUGGAGAAGGAAGUUUUCCUCUGAAAUAUCUGGGGGUUUCGCUGAGGCCUACGAGAUGGUUGAUUGCUGAUUGUGGUGAAAUAAUUAAGAAAAUUCAUAAUAGACUCCAUGUCUGCCUUCCAAAAGUCUUGGGAGGUCUGGGUUUUAAGGAAGGGUCUAUUUGGAAUAAAGUCCUUUUGGCUAAAUACCUUUGGGCUUUGUCUUCAAAACAAGAUGUUUUAUGGGUGAAAUGGAUUGAUGGGGUUUACUUAAAAGGUAAUUCUGUCUGGGCUUAUCAACUGAAACCAGAUAUGGAGCCGGUGGGAUAUGUUAAGGCAGUGUGGAGUAGUCUUUCAGUGCCUAGACAUCAUUUUAUUCUUUGGCAAUCUAUUCUUGGGCAUCUUCUGACUAGAGAUAAUCUGGUCUGGUGCCAUAUUGAGAUUAACUCAGUGACAUGUCCGGCCUCCCCGCAUUUACUUGGAGGACAAUUGUUAGAAAAUUUGGACAAAGCACAAUGCAAGUUUGAUAAGCCUAAAGAUUGUACAAAUAAGAAAAGAAAUGUUAGACGUGAAAAAGCAAAGGGGAUUGUAGAUGGUCUGACAGAUGGAAUUAAAGCUCGGUUAGAUUUAAAAGUAAUGUGUCUACGUAAAAAGUUACAACAAGAGAUUAUGGAUCCACGAUAUGAUGAUAAGGUUGAUCCGUUUGUUGAUGAUGAUGAUGUCAAAAAUUGGAAACAAAUACAGAAGGAUAAAAAAGAUACUAUAUGGGGUCCAAUCCAGGCAGAAUUCAGGCAAAAAGUAGUAGAUGACAAGUUGGUGGGGGAAGUUUCAAACUGUAACAACCCGGAUUUCAAGACUCGAUAA